CCAACAUCCGAUGUGGCGGAAUGGUUCUCUUUGUCUCUCCAUAUUUUUUCCCCCCUAACAAAGAAAUGCGGGUAUGCCCUAAUCGACCUCAAGAAACAGGAAGAAGAAAUCGACACGCCCCGAGCACAAAAGGGAAAAUGGGAGAGACAAGGUAGUGGAUCCACCCAAGACCUCAACCAGUUAACCGACCAGACUAGACGGUCACUAAUGCCGACUAAUAGCGGCUAAGCCUGUUGGCCUCCGAAAAAAGCCAGGCCUCCUCGAUCGACGGUCGCGGCACAUUGUCGGUGCAUCCGUGCAAAUGUGGUCUAAACGAGUGAUGAGCGUAAUAUUAUGAUGAAAUAGACGGAAUAGUCCAGCUGCCGAAUAGGACUUGUUGUACUUUGAUUCGGCCAGCUUUUUUAGACACCGCAGAUCUGUCUCUCAACGGCGGUCCCGCUAUGCACCUGUUGACGAGUCUGAUUCAAGCGUGCAGUUGGGACCACAGUUAUUCAUUCUUCACCAUUCUCCCCUUUCUGUCCCGGCUUUUCUUUUUUUGGUUAAAUUUUCUCUUUUUCAUUUCUUUUGGUUUCUUUUUCGUCUUUUUAUUUACAAUGAUUAUUAUCUUAAUUAAAUAGUGCUAGUAUCUUUCCCCCCUGCCCCGGAUUAUUUAUCCCUAUCAUUCUACCAUCACCCUCUCUUCCCUUCUCCCUGGAAUUGUGGUCGUAUCGCCUCGGUCCCUGCAAGGAUGGCGACUCGUAACGAAGGACCAUCUGAGCACGUACGGAAACAGACUCCACCGCAGAGUCCACCGUAUGAGCCAGAAGUACCGGAGGAAGUAACGGAGGAAGUACCGCAGGAAGUCUCAGAAGAAGACCCAGAGGAAACACCCCAGGGACACAUUCAGGGGGUUAUCGAGCCUGAUACCUUCUCAGAUGGGGACAACGAUUCCUUGUAUGCCUCAUCAGUGGGGGACGCCAGUUAUACCACCAGUAUUACUUCCAGUGCGAUGCAUUAUCAGUAUAAUGGUCGCCGGUAUCAUUCGUACCAUGAGGGUGAAUAUAUUCUGCCGAACGACGAACAAGAACAAGAUCGUCUGGACUUGAGCCAUCAUAUCUACCGAAUGGUGUUGAAAGGUGAACUACACGCGGCACCGAUUAAGAACCCUGCCCGUGUGCUGGAUAUCGGUACGGGAACCGGGAUCUGGGCUAUUGACUUUGCAGACGAACAUCCUGAAUCAGAGGUGAUAGGAAACGAUCUCAGUCCCAUUCAACCGUCAUGGGUCCCUCCCAACCUCCGCUUCGAAGUCGACGAUUUUGAAGCGCCUUGGUCUUACAGCCAACCUUUCGACUACAUCCACGGGCGUGAAUUAGAAGGCUUCAUCCGUGACCACGACCGACUUUUCGUUCAAGCCCUCAACAACCUAAAGCCUGGUGGAUGGAUGGAAAUCGCAUCAAUCGAAGUCAACUCCUUCUCUGACGAUGACACGCAUCUUAAAGCUACGUCCAUGAUGGAGGGGGUCAAGAACAUGCACUUAAGUGCCCGGAAGUUCGGAAAGGAUUUUGACACCGUGUCGACUUGGAAGGGCCGAAUGGAAAAGGCGGGCUUCGUCAACGUCCGUGAAGAUGUCUACAAGCUUCCCCAAAGCCCCUGGCCCAAAGACCCCAAGAUGAAGGAGCUCGGGCGUUACCACCAGGUCAACAUGAUUGAAGCCAUGCCGCCCUACUGUUAUGCCUUAUUUACACGUAUGCUGGGAUGGAGUCGUGCUGAGAUUGAAGUCCUAGUGGCAGGCAUGCGGAAGGAAUUACGGGAUACGUCGCUUCAUCUAUACUCGCGACUCCAUAUUAUUUACGGGCAGAGGGCGCUGUGAGCCGGUACUGAUGAUUGAUAGCUAAUGAAUUUGCAUCUGAGCAUGGGUUUGUGUUUUAUUUUGAGCGAAUUAUUGCAUGUCUCGCUAGGGGGCGGUUCGAAGUCUUGAAAUUUUUUUUUUUUUUUUCGCGUGGUAUUUCAUUGCAUCAUUUAUACUAUCGGCUUACCGCUGCACUGUUUUAAUUAUGAUGGAUACGUCUGACUGUGAUGAUAGUAAGUAGGUCAAGUCUAUAUUCAUUCGAUCUUUCGUCCUCUAUCUUAUUCUAUACUAGUAUGGAUCUUCCAUGUAUGUACAAGCAACGAGCCGCCUUGGCAGGAUUCAGUCAUUUUCCAUACCAUUUUUUCAUUGUCUGGAAUAUAGUUUCGGGAAUCAUGAUCUCCCUGCAUCCGACUGCGGCUAUCGAGCCCGUUCUUUGUGUGACUGGGCCCUAUACUCAACGUCAGAUAUAAGCGUUCACAGUACACCCUGCACGACAGUCCGCCGCGACACUUUCCUUCUUUACUUUCCGAGCGUGCUCCAAACAACCUUACUGACGAUGGGUCUUGGGUAACUAAAAUGGCCAUUUUAAACGAGAAGCGCGAUUACAUGUCAACCCCAGGGGUCCUCGCGCGAAUGAUUCAUUGUCUCCACUGCAAGACGUAUGUCUCCAGAAUCGAUCUUAGGUGACCGACAUUACAGGAUUACUACAACCUAAUGAGAGUGCCUGAGACAAG